AUGCGAGAUGGCAACAAGGAUGGUCAAGGUAAUCAGGUGGAGACUAGGCUGAAUAAUGCAGAUAUGGAACAAACAAAUGUGGAUAACACUACACAAGUUUCCACACAAGGUCAGCAAAUAAAUCAGGAAAUUAUGCCAGGCAGUACUCAGGAAGAAGAAAUUCAUAGAUCAUGGGCUGAUAAGGUGGAGGAAAAGGAACUGAAUACAGGAGAAAGGCAACAGGAAGAUGAAGAACAAGGUAAUACUGAUGAAGACUAUAAUAAAAAGGACUGUGUCGAAGUAUCAUUUGAAGGAAAUCAUCAUGGCACUAAUACAGCAGAAAAGGGAACAAGAUUAGAUGGAGUAAAAGAGGCUACAGAGGGUUCUCCCUCAGUGAUAAUUCAUAAUCUUGUGCAAAGAGAAGGAAAAGUGCAGGAAAAUGUGCAAUCAAUAGAGGCAACAGCUGUAGAUGCCACAAGUGACAAGAUGAAGAAGCAGAUGUAUGUGGAGCAAGAUGCAGAUCCACCAGAUCAGUCUUCCUCAGAAAAGAAGUCUUCCCUAGUCAAAGAGCUACAUGACCUGAUCUCUCAUAAUAUAGAUGUCUUGGAAGUAGAGGAGGAUGUCAGAGAUCUCCAUAAAGAAGACAAGGAGGAGAUUAUUAAGCAAAAUAAGGAAAACAUUCUUAAACAGGCUGAUAUAUCUCCUAAUAGCAAGUCUAACAAUAAGGGUCAGGAGAAAGGCAAGAAGAAUGCUAUUGAUAAGCAAAUUCCACUCAGGGUGGUACCAAAGAGGAAUGCUACUAAAUCUAAUGUUAAAUGA